UUGCUUCUGGAGAAGCUUAUCGUUCAUCUGCUUCCAAAAAAUGGCGUCAAGAAAAAUUUUCUCCUAAUUUGGAUAAAAUGAGUGAACGUCAAGAUGGCUCUUAUUCAGCUUUACACCAAGUGAUUCACAAUAAAUCUACUUCAAAUUGUUCUGAAGAUGCUUUUUUACAAAUAAAUGCAACAGACUUUAAGCUUCGUCGUUUUAAUUCAACAAAAGCAGUUAAAAUCUUAAUACCGGUAGAAUCUUCUAUUGCUGGUUCCAGUGUCGAAAUUUGGCUUUGUGUUGGUAACGCUCUUAUGGUUAAACACGUUCGUACGGAGAAGGGAAUUUGCGGGCAAAAAAAGCAUGAUAAAUUUGUUUGUUUUUCUCGUGGCAAAUUUGGACAUACUAGAACACUACCAACAGAUGGAUGA